AUGUGGCUGUGGGAGAGACAUGGGUUUGGAGAAGUCACCAUCACCACGUCUGACAAGGAGGCAAAACCUUCCACUGAAGACUUGGGGGACAAGAAGGGAGGAGAAUACAUUAAACUCAAAGUCACUGGACAGGCUAGCAGUAAGACUCCCUUCCAAGUUAAAAUGACAACACAUCUCAAGAAACUCAAGGAAUCCAGCUGUGAAAGACAGGGCGUUCCAAUGAAUUCACUCGGGUUUCUCUUGGAAGGUCAGAGAAUUGCUGAUAAUAACAUUCCAAGAGAACUGGGAAUGGAGGAAAAAGAUGUGAUUGGGGUUUAUCAGGAACAAAGGGGGGGUCAUUUGACGCUUUAA